UUGAGACGUUUCGAGAACUGUUACGGUGCUGAAUGUCCUCUUUCUCAAAUCUUAAAUAUAGACCCUGUUAAGAUCUGUAUAAAUUUAGAAAAAGGAAAUGGCUCUCGAUGGCUUAUCUCAAAAGUUUCAGAAUCUCAAAUGUGCCCACAAAACUCGAACCCAAAACGAUGCGUUUUCCAUAUGCAAAGAAACUUUUAGGUGCCAAUUCUGUUCUUAUGAUGAAAUCAAAAUGUUUCAUGUUUUUUAAUCCAUUUAACGCAGCAGUGUUGUUUUUCUUCUCUGAUUGAGUAUUGGCCCAGUAGAGGGAGUCAUUUGCCUGUGAAGUGUGCACAUUAGUGCCGUGGGUGUGGGUGACAGUGAACGACAGAGCGAGGAAAAAGAGAACACUGAAAAAAGGAAAAACGAAGAGUAAAUUGCUGCAGUCAUGGACUUGCGCUCAGAACUGCUGAAGUCCAUUUGGUACGCUUUCACUGCUCUGGAUGUGGAGAAGAGCGGGAAGGUGUCCAAGUCUCAACUUAAGGUGUUGUCUCAUAAUCUUUAUACAGUCUUGAGUAUCCCGCAUGACCCAGCAGCUCUAGAGGAACACUUCAGAGAUGACGAUGAUGGUCCAGUCUCCAGUCAGGGAUACAUGCCCUACCUCAACAAAUACAUCCUGGAUAAGGUGGUGGAAGGCACGUUUGUUAAAGAAAACGUCGAUGAGUUGUGUUGGACACUUACAGCCAAAAAGAACUAUAGGCCAGAAGGAAAGAACGUCCUGCCUGGGACGGACGCAUUUCGGAUGUGGUGUCUCUUCAUAUUUCUCUCGGAGGACAGAUACCCUCUAGUCAUUGUCCCAGAUGAGGUUGAAUAUUUGCUGAAGAAAUUAUGCAUGGCUAUGAGUGUUGAGCUGAACUGCGUCGAACUCGAGGACUUUAUUUCCCAAGAUUCUGUUCAGCAGAAUGGCUUCACCGUCUGGGCCUUUCUGCAGAUGAUGAAUUCUGGGAAACUAACGAGAGGCAUUGCCAAAGAAACCAUCAGCAUGGCAAUAGAGGAGGUGUACAGGGAAAUAGUAGGCGAUGUGCUGAAAGAGGGAUAUCUGUGGAAGAAGGGUCAGUUGAGGAGAAACUGGACCGAGCGUUGGUUCACAUUGAGACCCAGCAUUUUAGUUUAUUUCACCAGCGAAGACCGCAAGGACCGCAAAGGCAACAUCCAAUUAGACGGAAACUGUUGCGUAGAGGUUCUUCCUGAUAGAGAUGGGAAGAGGUGCAUGUUUUGUAUAAAGACCCUCACCAAGACCUAUGAACUCAGCGCUUCGGACACCAAACAGAGACAGGAGUGGACGACAGCCAUCCAGACAGCGAUCCGGCUACAUGCCGAGGGUAAAAACUCUCUUCAUAAAGAUCUGAAGCUGAAAAGGCGUGAGCAAAGAGAACAAAGAGAGAAGAGACGAGAAGCAAAAGAGCAGGAGCUCCAGCGUCUACGAGCUCUGCAAGAGGAGCGGGAACGCAAGAUGGCCGAGCUGGAACUCCUGAAGGAGGCGCAGAGGCAGGCGCAGGCGCUUCUGGAACAAGACGAGGAACGUAGACGUCAACAACAUGACCAGCUUCAGCGAGCCCUGGAGAUCCAACUCAAAGAGGCAGAAGAGGCCCGGGCGAGCAUGCAAGCGGAGAUGGCGCUGAAAGAAGCAGAAGCCGAGAGGCAGAGGACACGAAUUAAAGAACUAGAGGCCAUGCAACAGCGAUUGGAGGAAGCUUUACAACAGGAAAUCAAAGCCAGACAGGACGAAGAGGCCUUCCGCUACGCGCAGGCUCGGCUGCUUGCCGAGGAAGAGGAUAAGAUGAAGGCCCUUAUGACCCUCCGUGAAGAGCAGGAGGAGUACAUCCAGCGAGCUCAACGGGAAAAACAGGAACUCAAACAGGAGAUGGAGACUAAGUCUCGAUCUCUGGAUGAGGCACAGAGACAGCUGGAGGAGGUGAGAGCCAAUCGACAUCGAGUGGAUCAGGAUGUUGUGGCCGCCCAAAGAAAGCUUCGUCAGGCUAGCACCAAUGUUAAACACUGGAACGUCCAAAUGAACAGAUUAAUGCAUCCCAUCGGACCAGGAGAGAAAAGGCAGUCUGGAGGGGGAUCUUUCUCCAGCAGCUUUCGUAUCCCAUCACAGAAGGACCCCGGACUGCGUUUGAAACAAAAAAGCGAGGACCAGAAUGAAGAAAGCAAGGAAAACGUGGAAAACAUAUCAGGAUGCGAAACCGACAAACGACUCUCGCAAAAUUCCAAUGGAAACAUGGAAAUUCCUUGACAACCUCAUACACGCAUACAUAAAUCUCACAAUGUACAAAGGACUGAAUUUCAAAUUUGAGUUUUGAGAAAGUUGUGCUUUUGGAAGGUGCCAAGAUGCUUGGUAUGUUUUAACACAUUGCUGUUUGUUAAUAUGUUGGUACUCGUAGUUUUGUACACUUCAUCUUUUUUAAUAUUAUUACACUGUAGUUGGUAAAUAAU